AUGUCAGAGUACGCAGUUGAAGGCAUCAUCGAUCGUCGCCUCAACAAAAAGAGUAAAAAAGCGCAUAACCUAGACCAGUACGAGUACAGGGUGAAAUGGGUCGGCUACUCCGUCGAAGAGUCCACCUGGGAACCAUUGAAAAACCUCAAGUACGUCAAGGACAUGGUCCAGAAUAGCUCGAAGUCCUCCCACAAGCUGGAGGAGUCCGAAGAGGAGGAAAAAUCAGAGAGGGAGGAGAGCUCAGACGAGGAGAACGAGGAAUCUGAGGAGGAAAGGCCCCGCAAGCUCAGAAAGAGGAUCUAUCAUGAGGAGGAGGAGCCUUCCAAUGAAAAGGCUCCAUUUGAAGAGGAGGAGAUUUCCGAAAAGCAUGGCAAGGAGACCGCUCCCAGCGUUGGCAGCCCAAACGACGAGAAACUGACAGUUUUGGGAAUGUGCAGGGGCUGCAACGGUGAAUACCUCUACUACGUGGAGAGCAGCAACAAGCUUCGCAGCUACAAAACCCGUUCCUACAUGGUGGAAAACUACGCCGAGAGCCUGCUCAUUUUUUACGAGGGCAAGAUCGUGUUCUCUGACCCUCCCGAGGCGCAGUGA